CGGAAGUGUCCAUAUAGAGUUCCGUCAACGACAGCGCCUCCAAUUGGCAGUGUCGGUGUUGAUGAUGACACUUGUCGUUUCCCCUGACUAGACAAGAGCAAACCGUGUACGUUUGUUUCGGCUCGGGCCCUUUGUGGGUUGGAUUCGGUCGGUGCUUUACCUUCCUUAGUGGGUUAUACGGCAAAUAUAAUGGCGGCCGCAGGUCCCCGGUCGUCGAGUGACGGCGGGCCGGCGAACAGAGGAGGAUAUUCGGCCGGGGAGAACAGCAACGAUCGCGACGGCGGCGGCAGCAACAGCAACAGCGGGGAAGGAGAACGGGACCGGGCCACCUUCGAGUGCAACAUUUGUUUGGACACUGCCACAGACGCUGUCAUCAGUAUGUGCGGACACUUGUUCUGCUGGCCCUGUCUGCAUCAAUGGUUGGAAACACAGCCCAGCAGACAGCAGUGUCCUGUGUGUAAGGCAGGCAUCAGCAGAGAUAAAGUCAUCCCACUGUACGGCCGAGGCAGCUCCAGCCAGGAGGACCCCAGGUUGAAAACUCCACCUCGGCCUCAGGGACAGAGAACAGAGCCAGAGAGCAGAGGCGGGAUGUUUCAAGGUUUCGGGGACACAGGCUUUCACAUGUCGUUUGGCAUCGGUGCUUUUCCCUUUGGCUUUUUCACGACAGUCUUCAACACCAACGACGCAUUUCACAGAGCAGAUCAGUAUCCUGGUGAUCAUCAGGGCAAUGGCAACAAUGAAAACAACAACUGGCAAGACUCCCUUUUCCUGUUUGUGGCCAUUUUCUUCUUCUUCUGGCUGCUGAGCGUGUGAUUGAUGCUGGAAGAAGAAUCACAAAAAGAAGAAAAUGGUGGAUAUUCAGACAGUGGAUCAGCACGAGGGAGGAGUGUGACGACACAAAACCCACGACAAACAUGAACCUCAUACUUAAACAAAGUCUCUCUCUCACACACACACACAU